AUGGCUGAUAGAUAUUCUUUUUCAUUGACUACAUUCUCACCAAGUGGUAAAUUAGUUCAAAUUGAAUAUGCAUUGAAUGCAGUUAGACAAGGAGUUACUGCUAUUGGUAUCAAAUGUGAUAAUGGAGUAGUAUUAGCUACUGAACGUAAAUCCAAUUCACCAUUAAUUAGAAAUGAUACUAAUAUUAAAGUUGAAUAUAUUACUCCUAAUAUUGGUAUGACUUAUAGUGGGAUGGGACCAGAUUUCCGAGUAUUAGUUGAUAGAGCUCGUAAAUUGGCUCAUAGUAAUUAUAAACGGAUAUAUAAUGAAUAUCCACCGGUGAAAAUUAUGGUUCAAGAAAUUGCUAAAGUGAUGCAAGAAAGUACUCAAUCAGGAGGAAUUCGACCAUUUGGAGUAUCAUUAUUAGUUGGAGGAUAUGAUGAAACAAAUGAAGGGAAAUUUCAAUUAUAUCAAGUUGAUCCAAGUGGUAGUUAUUUCCCUUGGAAAGCUACUGCUAUUGGUAAAACUUCUAAUCUGGCUAAAACUUUUUUAGAAAAAAGAUGGAAUGAAAAUUUACAAUUAGAAGAUGCACUUCAUGUGGCUUUAUUAGCAUUAAAAGAAAGUAUUGAUGGAGAAUUAAAUGGAGAUAAUUUGGAUAUUGCUAUUAUUAGUGAUCCUCAUGAACAAUUAUUAGGAUUUAAAGGUACUAAUAUUCCUGGUCCAAGAUUUAAAAAAUUAACUCCUGAAGAAAUAAAUGAUACUUUAGAAUCGUUAUAA